AUGGUUACCACUGUCAAACCAAGUGAAGCUGGUGCAUUACAAGACAAGUGGAGUUCCAGCAACUCUCUUUUUAUGGCUUUUCUUCUCAAUGCAAUGAUUCCAUUCAUUGCCCAUGGCUAUACACUACUUGAUUCAGCUGUAAAAAUUUGGAAAGCUGCUAAAGGUACCUAUUCCCAGGUAGGGAAUGAUGCACAAGUUUUUGAUAUUCAACGAAAAAUCCAUGCAACCACACAGGGUGAACUUACUUUAUCUGAAUAUUACUGUGAACUCCGUAGCCUAUGGCAAGAGCUUGACUAUUAUGAUAACUUUCAGCUUGAUUGUCCUUCUGAUAUUACCAAAUUUCAGCUUAGGGAGGAUAAAUUCAGAGUAUACACUUUCUUGACUGGCCUUAAUGUGGAAUAUGAUCAGCUUCGGUCUCAAGUUCUGAGUCGUUCACCUUUUUCCACUUUGGAGCAAGCCUACUUUAUGAUACAAUUGGCAGAUACUCGUCAUUCCACCAUGUUACCAACUACACAGCCAGAGAGGUCUGCUUUAAUUUCUUCUAGAGGUAACUCUUCUAGUACUAGUACACGUUCCUCGUUUGAGAAGGAACCUCUUAAAUGUACUCAUUGUGGAAAGGAACGACAUACUGUGGAUUUUUGCUGGAAGUUACAUGGUCGGCCAUCUGACUCUUCUGAUGGUCGUAGUGGUGGUCGUGGUCGAGGUCGUGGUCGUGAUCGUGGUGGUCGUGGUGGCACACAGGCCCAUCUUUCUGAAGCUAUUGAAACAGCCCCUACUACCACACUUUCUGUAGAGGAACUUGUUGCAUUUCGUCGUAUGAUGACUACCUUCGCCUCUUCAUCUGUACCUACCUCUACCUCGACUGUGGUUCCCUCUUCUAAAUCGAACCUUGUUUUCUCCAAACCAGGAUAUGAAGUGAAUGAGGAUGAAAGUGUAUAUAAGUUGUUUAUAUUGAAUGAACAUGAUGUGAAUGUCAUUAAUUUGUAUGACUAUGAUCUCAAUGUUGAUGAGCAAUCGACCUACACUUACAAUCAAUGA